CGAGCGAGCGAUUCAGUACGCUCCGUGGCGUCGUCUACGGCACCGGUACGUCGCGCGCCCCUGCCCGGCACCGACGGUGUCCGACCUCUGAAUUCCGACCGCCUGUGACAUUCGAAAACCCCGCCCCGUGCAUUUUCUCGAGUUGCAUUUCGAUCAGUGCGAAGAUUCCGCCGCCGGCGACCGACCCGAGGCCGAGCCGUCGACUCCUCCCGAGUUUAUUUAUGUUGUCGUUUUGGUGUGGUGAAUAUUUGUGCCGUCCGACGAUAACCGGAUUAUCUGUGCGCUCGAGCUAGUGGAUUCUCCCGUUCGGCGCCGGCUUUUCCUCGAGGUGGUAAGGGAAAGGCGCUCCCACCACGGAUGCGUCGCGACGCUGCGAUGAGCUGCUAGACAUGGUGGGCGUGGGAGUGGCGGAGGGCGGCGGGGGCGCGGCGCCAGAGGGGUACUACGGGGAGUACUACCCGCCCGAGUACUACGUGCCGCCCGAGAUGUGCCCGCACCCGCAGCACCCGCAGCACGCGCACAUGUGCACUGUGCACGCAGACUACGGUGGAAUGCCAGUGGUGACUUCAGCGACGAUGAUGCAGCCUAUCCUACAACCAGUGAUGGAUGAGAGCAUGCGGCACUUCCUAUUGCCGCACCACCAGCCUCAUCCGCACCACGCGCAACCCCACCCGCACCACGCGCCCCAUCAUCAGCCGCCGCCACAUCACCAACCACAACAUCACUAUGGGCCAACAAACGGCGCAGCGGGUCCACAACAUUACUAUAGUGCUAGUUACCCUCAUUACCACCAUGUUCCUCCCCACAUGCAGCACUCACCUCCACCUCCUGUGUAUCAGAAAGAUGAGAGAACCCAACGUCAAUACUCUAAACUGAAACAAAAGUUGGAGCGUAAACACAACAGUAGAAAUAAUGGUAUAGAAAUAAAUUCGGGUGCAAGUACACCGUCUCUGUCACCUCGUAAAGACCUAAAUGGCGUUGGAGGAGGCAGCGGUGGUGCAUCAUCAGGUGCAUGGUCGGAAGGGGAAGGAUCCUCAGCAGGAGCGUCAAUACAGGGAGAUGACGACAAUGACACCCAAGCAUUAUUAGAUUUAAUAUCUGCUACUCGUACACCACAGGUUAGUGAUAUGACACCUACAAGUGCAUUAGUACAGUGGAACUCACCGCUACCUGAGGAUGUAACACUACCUAACGUUGAACUUACAUAUGAUCUACUAUUGGGUGACCGAGGUAGAUACAAAGCGAUAUACAGUGGUCCCUCACUGUCUUGCCGUGUAAGAGACCUUCGGCCGGGAUGCGAGUAUUCAGUGUGCUUACAAAUCCGUGCAGGAGAACUAACCGGCGCCGCAAGCGAAGCGGCCACUUUCCGCGCUCCCGCCGCGCCGCCCGAACGAAUGGCGCCCGCGCGCAUCACUCAGAGGGCCCGCACCUCCAUUCUGCUGCGCUGGCCGUCCGCCGUCGAUAACGGUGCCAAAGUGACACACUACGUGCUGGAAAUGGAUUCGGGAGAAGGCUUCGUCGAGAUCACCCGACCGCGCACCCGCCAACAUACAGUCAACAACUUGUUGCCCCAGACGCGAUAUCGUUUUCGAGUCGCGGCCAUAAACGAGUGCGGUCGAGGGGAGUGGAGCGAGGAGACUGUCGUGUGGACGGCGGGCUCGCCCCCGCCGGCGCCGCCCCCGCCCGAGCUCCUGUCCGCGCAGUCGACUUCGCUCACGCUCACGUGGCAGCGCCGCUCCGACGAGGAAUUCACUCUACAGAUGGACGAUACCGCCCGCGGCCACGGCUUCCUACCUGUGUAUAGCGGGCCCGACGAUAUCUACGUGUGCGAGGGAUUGAGACGCGCGACCGAUUACCGGUUCCGACUCAGGUGUGAAACUACAGACGGGCAGGGACCCUGGUCGAUAGAAGUGUCCUACCGGACCUCGCCCGAGCGACCCGGCCCGCCGGGUCGACCUUUUGCCCGCGGAAAGAUUCACUCCCGGGCGUUUAGGUUAAGGUGGGAUCCGCCCGCGGAGGAUGGCGGGGCGGCCGUAGAAUCGUAUACCCUGGAACUCGACGGUGGAGAGGGCUUCGAUUGCGCCUACAGGGGACCCGAACGCGAAGCGCACUGUGAUAGACUGCUGCCCGGCACCGCGUACCGCGCCCGCGUGCGAUGCGCUAACGCGGCCGGCGAGAGCGAGUGGUCGGCCUCGGAGACCAUCGCCACCGAGGCGACCUGCCCCGGCGCCUGCGCCGCGCCCGAGCCUGCCGGCCCCGCGCGUGCCACGCUGCUGCCCGUGCGGUGGCGGGCGCCCGCCUGCGAGGGCGGAUCCCCCCUCACGGAGUACCGGCUCGAGGUGGCCGACGACGAUGGCGGCGUUCGUCUCGCGCACUCGGGGCUCGAAACCGAGUGCACCGUGAGGGAGCUCCUCCCCGGUCGAGAGUACCGGGCGUGGGUGACGGCGUGCAACAGGGUGGGCCCCGGCCCGCCGUCGCCGUCGCUGAGGUUCACCACCGCGCCCGCCCCGCCUGACGCGCCCGACGCCCCGAGCGUCCGAAUAGAGAGCCCCCGGUCCGCGCUAGUCGAGUGGACCGCUCCGACCGACAAUGGUGCGCCGAUCCUGCACUUCCGAGUGGAAAUGAGCGCCACGAACGUCGACGACGCCUACUCCGAAGUCUACCGAGGAGCGGAGACGUGCUGUCACGUCGGAAAACUCGUCCCGUUCACCCCGUACUUCUUCCGAGUCUGCGCGACAAACUCGGCCGGUCGAGGCGCGUGGUCUGCGAUAAGGGACGCGUUGACGCCGCGCGCCGCGCCCGCCGCGCCGGCCGCCCUCCGCCACGAGUCAACCGCGGACUCCCUCCACCUCACCUGGCGAUCGCCGGCGUCGCACGGGGCGGACAUUCUCAAGUAUCGCGUCGAAGUGGACGACAUGGCGUUCGAAACCGACGGGCCGACCGCCGAGCGGCUGGUGGAGGGGCUAUCGCCCGACACUGUGUACCGCGUCCGCGUCGCCGCUUUCAACGAGCUCGGGCUCGGUGCCUGGUCCGAGGAGGCCCGCGCGAGCACGCGGCCCCGACCGCCCGCGCCACCCGUACUCCGCUGCGCUCAAACCGCUCACAACUACAUCCGACUCGAGUGGGACGGGCGUAUGGAGGGCGCCGUGUACUGCGUGGAGAUGCGCGCCCCGGAGGCGAAGGAGUUUCGGCCCGUGUAUCGGGGCUCGGCGCGCUCCUGCAAGGUCAAGAAGCUGCGAGAGGCGACGACGUACACGUUCCGGAUACGCGCCAGCGAGGAGCGGGCGGGGCGCGGCGCGUGGAGCGGGCCCGUGUCGGCGUCCACGGCGCAGGCCCCGCCUCCCGCGCUACGUCCGCCCGCGCUGGCGCUCACGUCCCCACGCACCGCGCUAGUCGCCUGGGACGCCGUCGACGACGCCGAGUAUGUGCUGCAGUGCACGCGCGGCAAGGAUACUGUCUUUAAAGAUACGUACAGCGGGUCGGCAACGUCGUUCGUGCUGGAGGAGCUGGAGGCGGGGUCGGAGGUGGGCGCGCGCGUGUGCGCGGUGCGGGGCGGGCUGGCGGGGGCGUGGUCGGCGGCGGCGCGGCUGGCGGUGCCGGCGGCGGCGGCCCCGCGCGCACGUCGCCCGCGCCCCGCCCGCGCGCUGCACCCGCGCCACGCCGCGCUUCUCAUGGCGGCCGGCUUCCUGCUGCUGGCCGUGCUGGUGGCGGUGCUCGUGCAGCGCCUGGUGGAGCCGCGCCCGUGACGCGCGCUCGCGCAGGCCGCGCCCCGCGACCUCGCGCGCCUGUGACCGCCGCUUCCCGAGUGAACCGUGCCCGAGAGAUUUUCGAGCGGCCUCCACGCCGGUCGGCGGCGCGGGAUCGUUUAGUAUUAUUAUGUAUGAGUAUGUGCGAUAUCGAAUUUUGACUCGUUCGAUUUAAAAUAUUAAAGCUUUAUUUUCGUAAUGUUAUUGCCGCUGCGCGAGGGUCGGCCGCGGAGCUCCCGGCGCCGACCGUCUAUGUCGCGCGGGAUCCGGAGGGAGCGGGGCAAAACGAUCGGAUGUAUCUAUUUUUGGGCUGCCAUUAUUGAGAUGUAAUUAUAAUUUUAGGACGUAACUUGUACUUUUUCUAUAUCGAAAUCCAUAGUUUUCAUCUUUUUGUCUAGUCUUCGUCGCGUCUCGUCGUUUCCUGACACCGUAUAGGCGCCGCCUCGGGCGUGCUCGUCGGGACGUUGUAAUAUUAUACGAAAUGUACUUCCAUAUCCUCGAUCGGCGCUUCGUAUUUUCUGUGCAAUUCGAUAUUUACGCGGGCGGGGCACGGGGAUCGGCCGGCGGAGCGCUCGCCCGCGACCUUCAUAUUUUAGUGUAGCGAAUUAGCGACCAAGGUGCUCUAAUGUUAAUAUUCAGUUGAGGGACGCGGUCCCUCGAUCUGCAACGAGUUUCCAGUGUGUGUGCUGUGAUCACUUCCUUAUGCGAAUGAGACUGAUUUUAAAAAUAUAAAUCCUCUUCUUCUAUAGAUCAUUUCAAAGUAAUUAUUUUAUGGAACGACCAUGACAGUGUAGCUCGGCCGCACGUGCGGGCCCGACGCGCGCGGCGCGACCUCUCAGCUCCGGCGCGAUGGUCGAAAGCGUUCGUUUUGUUGUUAGAUUGUGAUUUUAUCCGAACGAUACUAUAGUAUAGAUUAAAUCGUUUGUAAAUUAAGAGAUUUUAAAUUUAUCGAGAUCGUUACCACCCGGAGUAAAUGUAAGAAUUUUUUAAAUUCGAAUUUAGUUUUAAUGUGUAACUGUUGCAAAAAUAAAACCUAAAAAAAAAUAUACGUUUAUAAGAAUUCUGAGUCGGUGUGUUAUUUUAGUCGACAUAAUAUUAUGACUAGCGAAAUAUUUACUGACUUCAAUAUAUUUUAUUCUAAUGUUUCGUUCGUAGGAAGGACAGAGUCUUCGAAUACUAUCCAUUUAUACGAAUUAAAUUAUAUAUUAUAGGGAAUUUAAUAUUAAAGUUUUUAUCGGUGUUGCCCGUGACAUUAAUCAUCGUAUUGAAUGUUGUUUACAUAUUUACGUGCCGCGACGCCCUAUCGACGUCACGGAAGCUAUAAUAUAGCCUUUAUCGCAUUCGAUGUGUAGUUGAACCGUCGAUGUCGUGUUUAUAUUUUGUUAAUCAUGCUUGUGCACGAAUUCGAAGCUUCAUAAUUUUAAUUGUAAUAUUUCUGUGAUGAUAUAUAUUGUUCGAUAUCGAUGUUAUAGACAUUCCUCGCCAUGUUAUAUGUUACGAGCUGCGCAGCUGACGGCAGCUGACGGCGGCGCGGCGGCGCACGGCGUAUCGCGUCACACGUGUGCGUCAAAUCGCUGGUUAUUUUCGAAGAUUUUUUAUAAUUCUAAUGUGCAAUUAUCGAGUUAUUUAUUAAGGGCUUAAUGUAUUUAUUUUUUAGAAUUUAUAUAUGAAAAGAUUUAUAUUAUCUUGUAAAAUUGAGGGAAUCGAUGUUCCUAAUAUAAGUUUUACACUUUGUACAAUACACGACUCGCAGCCUGUCUCGUGAAUACGGCAAAGCAUUCCAUCGUUAUUCCAUUUGUAAAUAGGCCUAAAGAACUCUACCACUUAAUGUACAUGUCGCUUUUGUAUGGGAAUGUAUAUACUGCUGAUGUAUAGCUCGAGCCGCGCGGUACCGAGUGUCGGGCGUACGUUUUAAAUUAAUUCAUAUUAAUGGGGAUAACAUCUCAUAUUGUAUUUGUGUUUGAAUUAGUGACGUAUAACGGAAUGUAUAUGUUUAUAAUAUAAUAUUUGAUGAUGUUAUGUAUACAAUUUAUUAAACAUGGAUAUAUCAAUAAAAUUAUAUUUUGUGUA